UUCCCUAUCGACAUUGUGAUUACCACACCUGUCCAUGUACAUAUACUCACCUACUACUAUUCACCUACAUACACACAUGCCAUGUCCAGGAUACAUUCCCUACCUACUGUGACUCAUCCCAUUCCUAUCCCUAUCCCUAUCCCUAUCCCUAUCCCUAUCCCAUCCCAUCCCUCAUCAACCGCCGUCACGAGACCUGCCAGCGAAACCUAUCCUGAAACAUCCAACCCUCUUUUUUUUUCUCGCCACGACACCCCGACUGACCGCUGUCCAUCGCGCCUGCCACGCCGCCGCCUGCUGGACCCUUUUUUUUCCGCCUGUCGAAUAGUACAACGCCUCCAACAAAUGUCCAUUCUCACUUACACGCAACAUACUUUGCCCUAGCCCGUGCUCGCCCCUCUUUGGCUUGCUUGUCUGUAUCCACCAUGCUCACUGACGUCGCCAUCCAAGUAACUAUCUAGGUAUGUACGUACGUACGUACGUAUGUAUUGUAAUGUAUCUACCACAGUAAGCAACCAUCUACAAACAUCCACCUGGUGCCUGCCAUAUUUGUCCCC